AUGCAGGGUGAGAUGGAUGUUGGUCGCGAGUUCGAUCCCGGCAUGGUGUUAGGACUGUCUGGAAAAUCAAAGGAGCCUGCUGUUGACAUAGUAGUAGAUUCGGCUGCUGGAGGAUGGAAGCCGACAUUGGAAGGGGUUAAGGAAGAGGAGGAGGAGGAGGAGGCUGAUUCGGCAUACAGCGAUCUCAACGAAUUUUCUCUUACCAUACCGCCCUCAGUGGUUGUCGACGAUGACCAUAUGUCCUUCCAUAAUUCUGAUGCGGAAGUUGGGAAUAAUAAUGCAGCGGCCGUCAAAGCAGCUUCGUCUUCGCCUUCGGCGCGCAAGUGGACUCGUCGUCGGCAGGGAAGUGUGAUGCCUGAUGACGGUCCUCGACGGCAAACGGAGUUGUGCCGUUCUAUUGCAAACUGGCUGGCGGCAGCAGCAAACAAUCGAAAGCUGCGGCGGAGCGAUAUUUCCAAUAAUGAUGAUGCUGGUGAUGAUAGCAGCUUGGACAGCGACGAGGAGGGGUCACCGAGUCGGAGGAAGCAGGCAAAGAAGAAUAGUGACAGUCCGCAACCGGGGCCUUCCCUAUACGGCAGAGGACGGUCUAUUAGUGUUGGAGGUUCCCCUGUGGCGGCGAAUAAUAAAUUAUUACGUACGGAGGCUAACGCGGCUCUGACCAUGCCGACGCCUAGGGACGAGAACGAUGAUGAUGAGCAUUUGGGAAGGCAGAGGAAGAAGAGCGGACUGCAUAGACAGGAUAGUCUUCUGGGAUCUUCGUCACAACGGGCUUAUGUGAAUACCAUUACGGAGGCUCAACGAUACAUUUAUAUAGAAAAUCAGUUCUUCAUAACUACCACUGAUGCCAAGGACCCCUCGUGUGCGCAGUAUGGUUAUCCAGUGACAAACGAGAUUGGGCGGGCGCUCGCUGAUCGAGUUCACAGAGCUAUUAUAGAGAACGAUACGAAGUUUAGGGUCUAUGUGGUGAGUAUUUGGGAAUUUUUGACGCUUCGCUCCGCCUGA